UUUCCUGUCGGGCUGGCCUGCCAGAUUGUCACCAAUUAAAUAUUUUCUGGCUACAUUAUUAGCAUCCUUGCUGGCUGUUGUUGUUUUUAAAUCCAGGAACGGUGUCAGAAGAGACGGGAGCACCGGUUUUAAUACAAAGGCCAACCAACAACCACAGUGCCAGCCAUGGCAGACCAAGGCUCACACCCGGGGCUAACCGGGAUGCUUCUCCUCCUUAUGGUGGCCUGGUUGGCCACAGUGGACGCUGAAAGCUACCAGAAGUUCCUGAGGCAACACGUCGACUAUCCCAUGACCCAGGUCCCUGAGGCCCAGUACUACUGCAACCUCAUGAUGAAACGCCGCAACUUGGCCACCUCCGGCCACUGCAAGCAUCUCAACACCUUCCUUCAUGCGGACACUGCCUCCAUUCAAGCCGUGUGCGGGCAGGCUGGGGAUCCCACCACAGGCGACCUCCGGGAAAGCCACGCCAGCUUCCCCCUCACCAUAUGUCGGCUUCAGAAAGGCUCAUGGGCUCCUGACUGCAGGUACCAGGGGAUCUCUGGCCUUGAAAGAAUCAUCAUUGCCUGUGAGGAGGGGUACCCUGUCCACCUGCAGACAGAAGUUCCAGGUUAUUGAGCCAUCUCGAGGGAGCUGGGCUAAUUUCUCCCUGCUAUUUCUUUAAUUCACGAAGAACAGAAACUCAGUUCAA